CGGGUACUGGUCUCGGUCCCCCGCUGCCGGGCCGAGCGCGGAGAGCCCUGCCGGGCCGGGCUCCGGCGGCGGCCGCGGCUCCUUCCUGCCUCUCUCGGCCGGGGCGUCCUGGGCGGCAGUGCCGAGAGCACUCCGCCGGUCCAGGAGGGCUGCAUGUCAGGGCUUCUAGCCAUGUCCCUGCCUCUGACCCAGAAGCCAUGGAGGAGAUAAGGUAGCCCCCAUCCUGGCCUGGAUGGGGAAGCCCAGUUCAAUGGAUACAAAAUACAAGGAUGACUUAUUUCGGAAGUACGUGCAGUUCCAUGAGGGCCAAGUGGACGCCACCCCUAGCACGCAGCGGCCGGGCAGCGAUGAGUACCUGCGGGCAGCCGCCUCGACCCUGCUCAGCCUGCACAAAGUGGAUCCCUUUUAUCGAUUCCGGCUCAUCCAGUUCUAUGAGGUGGUGGAGAGCUCCCUUCGCGCACUGCGCUCCUCCAGCCUCCACGCGCUGCACGGCGCCUUCAGCACGCUGGAGACCGUGGGCAUCAACCUCUUCCUGUACCCGUGGAAGAAGGAGUUCAGAAGCAUCAAGACCUACACGGGCCCUUUCGUUUAUUACGUCAAGUCCACGUUGCUGGAAGAGGACAUCCGAGCCAUCCUGAACUACAUGGGCUAUGUGCCCGAGUUGGGGACAGCGUACAAGCUCACAGAGCUCGUGGAGACGCUGCAGGUCAAGAUGGUCUCCUUUGAGCUCUUUCUGGCCAAGGUGGAGUGCGAGCAGAUGCUGGAAAUCCACUCACAAGUCAAGGACAAGGGCUACUCUGAGCUGGAUGUGGUGAGCGAGCGCAAGAGCAGCGCUGAGGACGUGCGUGGCUGCUCAGACGCCCUGCGGCGGCGCGCCGAGGGCCGGGAACACCUCACGGCCUCCAUGGCGCGGGUGGCACUCCAGAAGUCGGCCAGUGAGCGGGCGGCCAAGGACUACUACAAGCCCCGCGUGACCAAACCGUCUAGGUCAGUGGACGCCUAUGACAGCUACUGGGAGAGCCGGAAACCUCCCCUGAAGGCCUCGCUGAGCUUGCGGAAGGAGCCGGUGGCAGUGGACCUGGGUGACGACCUGAAGGACGAGAUCAUCCGCCCGUCCCCUUCGCUGCUGGCCAUGUCCAGCUCCCCACACGGCAGCCCGGAUGAUCUUCCCUCCCCGUCCCCCAGCAACGGCCAGGGCCUGCUGCGCGGCACGUACUUCUCGGCUCAGGACGACGUGGAUCUGUACACAGACUCGGAACCCAGGGCCACAUACCGGAGGCAGGACGCCCUGCGGCCGGAGGUGUGGCUGGUCAGAAACGAUGCCCACCCCCUCUACCACAAGCGCUCACCCCCCGCCAAAGAGUCGGCCCCGUGCAAGUGCCAAAACUGCAGCCUGCCCAGCAGCGCCUCGCUCUGCCAGCGCUGCGAGAGCCUGCUCACCGGUCCCCCGGCCUCCAAGCCGGGCGCCUUCCCCGGCAAGGCCCCUGCCCACGACAGCCUGGCCCAGGGCUCCUCUCCACGAGACAAGUAUGCGGGCCAGACUCCGGGCCUCGACCGGCUGCCGCACCUCCACUCGAAAUCCAGGCCCUCCUCCUCCACGGCCACCUCCCGCUGUGGCUUCUGUAACCGCCCAGGCGCCGCCAACACCUGCACACAGUGCUCUAAAGUCUCCUGCGACACCUGCCUCAGCGCCUACCAUUACGACCCCUGCUGCAAAAAGAGUGAGCUGCACAAGUUCAUGCCCAACCACCAGCUGAACUACAAGUCCACCCAGUUCUCCCAUCUCGUGUACAGAUAGACUUGACCUUGCACCUCCCUGCUACAAGGGCUACACCACUGACCUUUCCAGUUUCGUGGGGAAGAAGUGUGAUGCGUUGAUCUCAGAAGCAGAGGCCUGCCCUUGGCCCUGUGGGGGAGGGGGAGGGUGGGGACGGGGCCUGGCUGUACCCUGUUGGGAGUUCACUUAGCAGUUCAGAUCUUUCAGCUGGUGACUGCUUUGUCACCUGACGAGGGAGAGGGUGGCACUUCACUUCAGAUUAAUUUUUGCUAAUUACUCCACUCCCUGUUCUGGAUUUCCUUUGUUUGUUUUGUUUUGUUUAUUAAGAUUUCUAUCUCCGUGACUUGUCACGGCUACCCCCACUCCUACCACAGAGCCAACUUGGACUGGGAAGGGCCUCCAGGUCCUGUCCAGACGCCCACCUGGAGCGGCGAGCUAGAGGCCUGUUGGCUUGUGAAAUGAGCCCUCCUGCCACACCCGGCCUCUUCCAGGGGCUCAGCCCUUCAUCGCCGCCCCCUUCCCAGAUGCCAGCGUCCCCGACCUGGACGCCCUGCAUCCUGACUUCCCCACCGCUUGGGGUUCCCGAGGUGAAGCGAGAUCAGUGUGAGCCAAGUGGUGUCCUGUGGCACCACGGCUCAUUUUGGCCCAUGGGGUCGUGGCCUCGGCUUCAGCUCCCUGAAGGGUGCACCUUCCACGCAGGCCCGACUUCCCCAGUCUGUUUGCACAUGCCCCUUUACUGUACUGUAAAUAGAUAUUUUUGAGAUUUAUUUUUAAAUAAAUACCCACUUGCCAUGUGUUUCAAAGUGGUUAAGAGGUUAAUUAUGUAGCUAUUUAUAAAAUGUCCUGGGUUCAUUAGUCUUCCAGAGGGGGAGUCUCAUGCCCUUCCGCUGGUGCCUCGCUCGCCACAGCCCCAGGCUGGAGCAGUGUGGGGCCGAGGAGGCAGAGCCGACGCCCUCGAGCUGGUGAGAGCCGCCCUCUCUCCCGUGGGAACCUCUAUACACCUACCUCCAGUGCGCACUUUGGGGGUCGGUGGGGCCCUGCAUCCAGGCCCCUGUGGACGGUGGAGCCUGGCACCGCUGAGUCGGGAGCCUUGCCCUGUGGAGCUCCAGCCUGGCGUCUGGAGGGGCCUGGCGCUCGAAACUGCCAGAGUCUCGUUUGCGAAAGAGCACCUUUUGGGAUUCCCCCGGCCCACCCCUCCAUCUCAGUCCUCUUCUCGUCACCUGCUUCCAGGACUCCCUGCAACUUCUGCGAUCUUUUUUGCACUAAAAGUGGGCUGGAGCCGGCGUGCCCCGACCCGGCAGACCCUUGGGAUCCUCGCUGAGCCUCAGUGCUUCCAAGCCAGCUGGCCCCUACACGCUGCAUGUGGAUGACUGACCCUGGAGUUUCCUUUUGGGGUGUAGAGCAGGAGUUUGAAAAUAAAACCGCUUUCUUGUGAAUUACUAUAUUUUAGCCAUAAGUAUUUGUGACGUGCAGAGUGUCGAAGGGAUUUACAUGCAGUGGGUUUCUGGAGGCGUUCAGCUCUUGCGCAGAUUUAAAUCUGGCUGAACCCUGAGGCCACUGUGAAUUUGCUGAUGUUCUUCCAACUCAGUUGAGUGAUUUUAAGGUUUUCCAGAUCUUCUACUGCUCUUUUUAUAUAUCUGGUAGAACUAUGUAGAUAGUCACUGUGUAAAUGAGACUGAAUUUCACCCAGCUUUCCUAAGACCAGCUUAUUCUCGGGCAUUCAUCUGUAAUGUUCUUCCUCUUCACGUUCCAGAAGUGUCGAUGCCUGUCCCACUCCUGAGAGCUCUAGUUUUCUAGUUUUCCGUUUCUAGAUCGCUCUAGCAUUACAGUAACCAAUCUUUUAACUAACCAUGAUGCCACGUAACUUUAUCAGCGAACAAAGCAGGCCCGGCCAGGUCAGCUGGGGGAGAAUGUGCACUGUGCGUAUCACGCAGGACACCGUAUCCCGGACUGGACUAGGAAGUGCUAUGGCGCUCGUCGCGGUGUGUAUCUCACUGUAUGAGAUUGCUGUGAUUGAUCGUUCAGUAUAUGCUAAUUUAAAAAUGCACAUGUUUUGCAUUUGAUUUAUACGAAGAGUUGAAAUGUUGAGAGAUGAUUUAAAAAUAAUAAAGUGUCUUCCAUUGUUAAAUGAAC